AUGCGCGUCUCUUCAGCCCGACGGCUGCGCCACAGGCCAGCAGAGGCGGGAUCAUCUGUUACACCCGCCGUUGCAGGAGCGAAGAACCGUUCCACAAACCGCUUGGUCAUCAACAAAUCGUCAGCAAACGUUUCGAUGGAUCGCCAGAAAAACCAAAUGAGUGGAACGAAGGCGAACGCGUCCAGCUCCAACAAGUCUGGCGGCAGCAUCGCAAAAAAGGCAAACGCCAAACAACCCGCGACUUCUACACCCAAGAAAACUAGCAAGAAGGCCAUCAGUAAGAAGUCGACCAGAGGAACCUCGAAGGCGGCCAAGCCGUCGAAGGCGUCCCUCGUGAAAGCCAUCAAGGCACGCGAAGGCAAGAGCGCCCCUGGGACGGCAGAGAAGGGAGGAGUGUUCACCAACGAGGUUAACUUUGGUUCUGGAGCAGCCUCGCCUGUCAAAUUCCGCGGCUGCGACUGCGUCGCUGCGCUCGACUGGAUCUUCCGCUGGAUCUAG